CACACAUUGAUUGACCUUUUCUACGUGGAGUUAUUAGGUGGAGUUACUCUCAAUUUUGGUUCAUCAGAAUUUGUUUUGCUCAUCCAUCAUAUUGUAACUUAAAAGCAGUUAAAUCUGGGGGUAAAUAUUGCAAUAGUUUACUACCAAGUGUUGGUGAGAAUCCUAGCUGACAUUGGAGGACAUAGAUAAAGAUGGUGACAACUCUACUCUUUAUGGCAUUAGCUCAUCGAAUGGUGUUAUCUUCAUUGGCAGCUGGUGAAGAGAUAAGGCUGGUCGAUGGCACUAGUCGCUGCUCGGGGACAGUAGAGAUUCUUUACAAGGGCCAGUGGGGACGAGUGUGUGGCCAGAAGUGGGACGUAAACAAUGCCAAUGUGGUGUGUGGCCAGCUGGGCUGUGGGAGAGCUGUGAGUGCCCAAGGUAGUGCCCACAUAGGUCAGGGUAGUGGUGGCAGGCCUACUUGGCUGGAUGAUGUUGGGUGUAAAGGCACUGAGAGCUCCCUCACAGAAUGCUCACAUGGAGGAUUGAAACACCAUGACUGUUUACAGGCUCAAGAUGCCAGAGUUGUCUGCUCAGAUAAACCUAAUAUCAGACUGGUCAAUGGGAGUGACCUCUGCUCUGGGAGGGUGGAGGUCUAUCAAACUGGUCACUGGCGGACCGUGUGUGACGACGUGUGGGACUUGAAUGAUGCUGCUGUGGUUUGCAGACAGCUUGGCUGUGGGAGAGCUGAUAGUGCCCCAGAGAGGGCCUACUUUGGUCAGGGAAGUGGACCCAUCUGGCAGGAUGAUGUUGGCUGCUCUGGCACAGAGUGCUCCAUCACACAGUGCCCACACACAGGAGGAGGAACACAUAACUGUAAUCAUGGUAACGACACAGGUGUUAUUUGUUCAGGUGUUGUCUUGCAGAAGCCUUUACUCUCCACAGACCCGUCCUACUCUGCCUUCUUGCAUGGAGAGGAGGUCCAGCUCACCUGCACUCUUCCAUCCCGUAUCCUCUGUAAUGCUGUGGAGUUCAUCUUCUAUCUGAAUGGAGACUCCGUCAUGACCGUGACAGUUGGAUCCUCACAGCCCAGGGCUACUUUAACAAAGUUUAAGACGGACGCUUCACACCAGGGCAGUUACAGCUGUCUCUACAGAACCCACUCCAACGGCAAAGCCAUCAGCUCCCCUUACAGCAACGUUACUAAAGUGGUCCUGCUACAGCCCAACAUCUCUCUCAGUCCUCCAAAUGGAGGGAUGUUUUGGGAACCUCAUGGGCCAGAGGUGACCAGGGGCCACAGCUUCUCCAUCAUCUGCUCCAUUCAGCCACAGUAUCCCGGAGGCCUCUUCUAUCUGGACUUCUCUGGUUCCAACAGAACAGAGACUACGCCAGCAGUCAACCACUCUGCCUGCUUCCACUUCCCUGUUGCAGAGUAUAAAGACCAGGGGAAAUACAGCUGCAGCUAUGGAGUCAACAUCUCCACGCGGUCAUUCAGGUCGGCUAAUAGUGAACUAGCUGUCACCAUUAGAGCCUCUAUGGUCCCCAUCAUUGCCUCUGGAGGGACUGGUGGGCUAGUAUUCCUGUUUCUGCUUCUGCUUGUCAUCUGUCUAGUCAACAGGAGGACCAGGAGGAGCAGCAAGCCAUCUACAGAGACUGACCAGAGAGAAUGUACUGACAACAGACACAGAGGGGAGGACAACGAAGAGGGAGAGGACUAUGUGACUUUUGAAAAUGUCUGUUACGAGAGAGGUCUGGAGAGAGGGAAGAGGGAAAAGAAGAAUGAGGAGGAGAAAGGGCACAGCUAUGGGAAAUCAGAGGAUGUCUAUGACAACGGGGAGGGAAACACUCACAGAAAGGGUGUUUGUGGGGGUCUCACGAAAAAUGAACAGUGACGAUGAUGAAGAAGUUUACGUUAAUGUCUCCGCUCAGGACAACGCUGUAACACAGGCAGGCGCGUCAGCUGGGUACAGCUCAAGAUAAAAAUCAAAUAAAAGUAGGCUGCAAAAAAAAAAAAGGCAAAAAUCAUUCCAAUCCCGCAUUAAAAUGCAACAGCUGUUUAGUGUAUCGAUUGGCUAGCUUUGGGAACAUGCAGAUUUUGCUUGGCGAGAAGCUGCCAGCCUGUGUACGUUUCUCUCAGCAUUGAGCAGAGACAGAACCCGACAGUUUGCUUGAGGUCAGCUAUCUAGGCUAUUUUGAUGUUGUCAUUUGAACUUGGCCUUGUAAGCCUCGCAGCCAGCUCUUUUAUGCACCGGCUACUCAUACAUUGAUGUUGACAUGGGCGGCGCAUCCAGUAGGCUAGGGGAAGAUAAGCUUACCCUAAAGUAAAUUGAAUGAAAUUUGCCAAAAUUAGCUAUCUUUUUAAAAAUGUAUUUUACCUUUAUUUAACUAGGCAAGUCAGUUAAGGACAAAUUCUUAUUUGCAAUGACGGCCUAAUAAUUACUUGUGUCUUGUACAGAAAUAAACAACAUCAUUACAAA